GUUGUAUUAUCAGAGGAACAGACGAAUAAGGAAUUGUGAACAGACUUUCUGGUUCUUCCACGUGAAGCCCUCACCUGGGCUGAACAAUGGGCUUGCAUUGCCUACCUGUAGCCCUAACUUAAGAGAAGAGGGGAGCGUUUUAAGAAUGGGCAGAGCAUUCCCCUUUAAACAAGGUGGGCUGAGCUUAUUUGCAGUUCUCGCUCCUAUGGCAACCCAAUAGAUCAGCAUCAUGAAUAUUCACUAUUCGCCAAAACGCACCAUGACUAUGGUACAGUGAUGUCAGCGCUCCCUGGAAUGCUCGACUGUAUUGUACUUGAUUGUGUCGUGUUGUUUGAUGGCAACUGGAAAGACAUCUGGUGAAAAGAGCAUCCUUCGACGUGUAUGACCUUUUUCCUCGUCUCCAUAUCACCGUCCGACGGCACGUCUCUCACAUGUCACGCUAAGGUGACUUUCAAGCAGUUUUUUCCACUUUUGCGCACAAUGUCGGAGCGGCACAAAGAUGCACAUCAGGGACGCUGUGGCCAAGCGGACCGCCCAGGCUGUGCGUGAGGACAUGCAAACUGCCAGGUUGCACUCCUCCAUGCGUAAAAGGCUCUACAGUUUGCCACAGCACAUUGGGCAGAAAGCAUCCGUGAUGGGAGAAGGAGAAGACGCAGACAAGGACACCCGGAGGAAGAGUAUCAGGAUGAAGCCUCUCCCGUCACCGUCGCCGACCUCUGGGGGAAGCUGCAAAGGCAUCGGGGAGACAAAAAGUGGGGAGUCUGGGAUCAUGGAGACGGACAUUGGGAGACCGAUGAAGACCAGCUCAAAUGGAGACUGUCGGAGGUUUCGAGGCAGCCUCUCGUCCAUCACAAGUCGGCAUGUUCACGACUCAGACUCGGCGGAGGAGAGGCGUCUCAUCACCGAGGGGGAUGUCACCCCGAGCGAGGAGAGCCCCCCCGGAACUAUCGGCGACGGGCCGCCUGAUCAAGGUGCGCAAGGGGGCAGCGGUAGUGGUGGCGGCAGUGGUGGUGAUGAUGGUGCCCAAAAAGAGUCCCCAGACCAGCAGCCAGGGUUCAUUAAGUUGGACGGCAUUGAUCAAAUUCUGCCGGACGACGAGAGAUUGUAUCAGGCCGGGUUCAUACACAGACAGUUUGGAGCGAUGCUUCAACCAGGGGUCAACAAGUUCUCCCUGAGGAUGUUUGGGAGUGAGAAGGCAGUAGAACGCGAACAAGAGCGGGUUAAAUCCGCCGGAUUUUGGAUAAUUCACCCAUACAGUGAUUUCAGGUUUUACUGGGACUUGACCAUGCUGCUGCUGAUGGUGGGAAACCUCAUAAUCAUCCCUGUUGGCAUCACAUUCUUCAAAGACGAGCACACACCUCCCUGGAUCGUGUUCAAUGUGGUCUCUGACACCUUUUUCCUCAUGGACCUGGUCCUCAACUUCAGGACGGGAAUCGUCAAGGAAGACAACACGGAGAUCAUCCUGGAUCCGCAACAGAUCAAGGUCAAGUACUUGCGAAGUUGGUUUGUGGUGGACUUCAUCUCCUCGAUCCCUGUGGACUACAUCUUCCUCAUCGUGGAGACACGGAUUGACUCAGAUUUCUACAAGACGGCACGAGCUUUGCGGAUUGUCCGCUUCACCAAGAUCCUCAGCUUGCUGCGACUCCUGCGUCUCUCUCGACUCAUUCGCUACAUCCAUCAAUGGGAAGAGAUUUUCCACAUGACUUAUGACCUUGCCAGCGCCAUGGUGAGGAUUGUCAACCUGAUCGGCAUGAUGCUGCUUCUCUGCCACUGGGACGGCUGCCUGCAGUUCCUGGUACCCAUGUUGCAGGACUUCCCUGCCGACUGCUGGGUGUCCAAAAAUAAGAUGGUGAACGACACGUGGGGACAGCAGUACUCCUACGCACUUUUCAAAGCUAUGAGCCACAUGCUGUGUAUUGGGUAUGGCAUGUACCCCCCUGUUGGAAUGACAGACGUGUGGCUGACCAUCCUCAGCAUGAUCGUGGGCGCUACCUGCUACGCCAUGUUCGUCGGCCAUGCCACCGCGCUAAUCCAAUCCCUGGAUUCUUCUCGACGGCAGUACCAGGAGAAGUACAAACAGGUGGAGCAGUACAUGUCCUUCCACAAGCUGCCAGCAGAUAUGAGGCAGAGAAUCCAUGACUACUACGAGCACCGUUACCAGGGCAAGAUGUUCGACGAGGAGAGCAUCCUGGGAGAGCUGAACGAGCCACUGCGAGAGGAAAUCAUCAACUUUAACUGUCGAAAGCUGGUGGCGUCAAUGCCUCUGUUUGCCAACGCAGACCCCAACUUUGUCACCUCAAUGCUCACCAAGCUGAAAUUUGAGGUUUUCCAGCCCAGGGAUUAUAUCAUCAGGGAAGGCACCAUAGGCAAAAAGAUGUACUUCAUACAGCACGGGGUUGUCAGCGUGCUCACUAAAGGCAGUAAAGAGACCAAGCUUUCAGAUGGCUCCUACUUUGGAGAGAUUUGUUUGCUGACUCGGGGCAGAAGGACAGCCAGUGUCCGAGCGGACACAUACUGUCGUCUCUACUCACUGUCUGUUGACAACUUCAAUGAGGUGCUGGAGGAGUAUCCUAUGAUGAGACGAGCCUUUGAGACCGUGGCCUUGGACCGACUGGACCGUAUUGGCAAGAAAAACUCCAUUCUGCAACACAAAGUACAACAUGACCUCAGCUCGGGUGUACUCAACUACCAAGAGAAUGAGAUCAUCCAGCAGAUUGUGCAGCAUGACAGAGAUAUGGCCCACUGCGCCCACCUCUUACAGAACGCCCCACCCCGGACUCCUCCAUCCCCUACUCCUGUAAUCUGGGCCCCCCUCAUCCAGGCCCCUCUCCAGGCAGCAGCAGCCACGACCUCAGUAGCCAUUGCCCUUACACACCAUCCUCACUUUCCACCAACUCUCUUCAGGCCACCAGUUUCUGUUCUUGGUUCCCUAAAGGAUCCUUCCAGUCAUCUAAAGAAAUUCCACACAUAUGUUCCUCCAGCACCUGGCUCUACUGGGGACUCUCCCUGUAGCACACCCUCUAAACGGAGCACUGGAGUGGACAUGCCAUUGCUAGCCACUUUUCGCGCCCAGCAUAUGACAUCAGGAACAGGGGCAACUGGCUCUAGCCUACAGGCCUCAGGUAGCGGAGGCAAACAUGGACCUAGUGGGGCAGGUUCUGGGUCCAGUGGAGGAGGGACCUUUCCCUCUGGACAAUACUCUUCCUCUGGUUCACCCUCAUCCAGUAUGGCCCAGCUACACCCACAACCACAGCAUCAACAGCCCUUUAGAUCCAGCACCCCACCUCUCUCAAAACUCUUCCACCAAGGAUCUAUAAGUGGCAGCACAGGUUCAGGAAUAGGUGGGGGAGCAAUUGGAGCCUGUGGUGGGGCAACAGGGUGGUCUUCAGCUGGAGCAGCCGGAGGGUCUGUAGAAGGAGCCACUGGAGAAGAUGCUGCUUGGGCUGGAGAGGACUUCACAACUGGAACAACAGAAGUGACUCCUGGGGUGAACUUUGGGUUGGGAGGAGCUACUUGUGGCUUAGUAGGUGAGAUCUCAGGGGAAUCAACAGGAGGAGUAUCUGAAGGAUCUGUUGUUGCUGCUUGUGGCAGGUUAGUAAGUGGGGCAUCAGGGGUAUCAGUGGGGAGCAUUACUUUAGGGCAAAAUGGAGAUGUAACCAGAAGAUCAAUGACAGGGACUUAUAAAGGAUCAUUAAAAAGAGCUUCCCGUGGAUCAGUAGGGGGGGCUUCUGGAGAAUCACUGGUAGUGACAACAACUGGGGGGUCUUUAGGGAGGGCUUCUAUUGGAUCACUGGGAGUAGUUUCUGGAGGACUGACAGGAGGAGCCUCUGGAGGAUCCCUUGUAGGAACUUCCGGUGAUUCAAUGGUAGGGAAUUCUGGAGUGCCAUUAGGAAGGGCUUCUGUUGGAUCAACUUCUAGCCAUAUAGGAGGGGCUUCAAUUGGACAAGGGGUAGGGGUGAUUGGAGGACAUGUUAGCAGAGCAGUAGGAGGGGCAGUAGGGAGCCAUAUAGGAGGGCCUGCAACGUGUCCAGCUGGAGGGUCUUCUGGUGGAAUUACAUCCGGAUUUAUUAAUUCCUCCCAUUGUCAUAGUCCCAUAUCUACCAGCUCUUCUAGCCCUAUGCCUGGUCAGCUUCUCCAUAGCCAGCCACCUCCCAAGCCCCCUCAGUUGUCUCCUUUGCAACAGUUUGCUGGAGGGGGCAGGACUACAAGUGGCUUGAACCUCUUCAAUACCCCUCCACAAGGCUCCCCAAGUAGAGGACAGCACAGCCAACAGCCUGCUGAGGGCUCUGUAUCUUCCCUCAGCCACUUUAGCCUGCCAGGCCUCCCAUCUGGCUUUCUGCCUCACCAGGUGUCGCUAGAAAGGUCUGCCCUAGCCUCCCUGGCUCAGUAUGGUUCAGCAAAUGCCUCUCCCUGCCUUACCCCCAUUGCACCCAGCCCUACCAUUCAAAGCCCAGUGGCCGGUAGGACUUUCCACUACAGCGAUCCCUCCAGUGCCAUGGGAUCCCAUAGCUCUCUGUUCAUGCCACAGUCUUAUCUACCUUCACAGCUUCCAGGCCAGCCACAAACAACAGGAAGAGAUUCUCCACUAGGCCGCUUUUCUGAGGACUUGAGACUUUUAUCCAGCUCACCCCCAUCUUUGCAUCAAGAGGUGGCCCAUGCAUUAGGUCACCAUACUCCUCCCCCCUCUGUUGAAACUGGAUAUUACCCCUCACCUUUUUCAUCACCAACUCUUGUGCCCAAACCCUGUAGCUCAGUGCCGGGGCGCAUGACUCCUCCAAUCCAGACGUCUCCUGGGCACCCGCACCAGACUCGGCCCCCCGGGACUUCCCCAGCCUUGCAUCUACGGAGGGGCUCUGCUGCCUACUCAUCAGAUCUAGAACCUCAAACUGUCCGCUCCAAACUUCCCUCCAAUUUGUGAGGAUUAUUCACACCCUCCUGUGCUCCGACAAACUAAAACACACGCAAACUAUCUCCAAGUGUGGCGUUCUUUUCUGUCUAUCUUCAGACUUCACUGUGUUCAACAUCUCAUUUUACAAAGAUCUUAACUUUACUGUGAUUUAGAAGACACUUUACUGGGUAACUCAGAAGUAUAGAAUAUUAAGUGUUUAUUUCAAACAUUGUCCUUUUUUAUUCGUGUAUACUGUACAUAGAUAGAGAUAUAUUUAAAAGAUAAGUUAAUCAAGGAACUAGGAGGGUGUGAAAAAGUAUCUACUGUUAAAGGACAGUCAUUUUAUUUAUAUAACUAUGCCAAAUUCAUCCAGUGGUGUUUGGAGAAACAUUUUAAUGGACAACACAAUAAUCCUCUUUUUUCAGCAGGAACCUAUGCACUAUUACCUGCAUGUAUAAAGUCUUUUUUGUGUGUAAAAAAAAAUUCUACAUUUUCAGCACAUACAAAAAGACGUGUUUCAACAGGCUGACUCUUGUACCAUGUCAUACAGGAUCACAUAUUGUUGAUUCUUAAAUGUAUAUUUUAGAUAGUAAUUAUUUAUCAACUGUGUUCCUUUUUUCAAAUCUUUAUGAGGGAUGAAGAAGAGAUUUUAGAACCAAAAAUUAUUUUUCUGUGGGGUAAUAUUUCACCGCCUCUUGGCCCUUCCAUCCUCAUAUAUUAUAUCACUUUAUUGUGAUCUUGAAGCAAAGAGGUUCAGAUAGUGACUCUCCAUCUCAAUAUGGAUACAAAACAGUUUGUGAGCAACUGCCUUUCUGCAAAGUCCUCAACUAUAUCAUAAAAAGCUCACAUUGUCUUCCAAGCACAUGCCCCUAAUGUGUGUAGAAAACAUGUUCUUUUUCUUCCUGACUGAGUGCAACUGUUAAAGUAUGAGUGCUAUUGGGAAUACGUUGAAACUUCAGUGGAACAGUCAGAUGCAAGGCAAGAUUUUCCCAGCACAGUUCAAAAGGGGGGUUAUCCUUAUAAAACAAAAAUACAACAUUCAAUCUACCACAGCUUGUGUUAAACCGUGAAGCACUCUAAUUUAGACAACUACAAAAAAAGGUCCCAAAAUUACACUUUUUAUUCAGAGAGCUAAUACAGUACCUGGAGUACGCAAGCUGAAAUAUCAAAUAAAUUAAAUAUUGUUUCUUUUACAUUACUUUAACUGCAGCUGCUAUACUAUCUCUCUGGACAUAUUUCCUCUUUGAUCAAAGUGCUAAGUGAGAAACUUUGAAUGUAUGUACACUUUACAGAGAGACUGUUCCAUAUUUAAA